AUGUCCGCCAGGGAUGUCAAAAAGGCAGAGCUCGAUGACAUCGAGGACCAGCAGCCCCAACUCCUCCGAGUCGCGAAUGAUGGCGACGAGGAAUUUGGAGGCACCGAGGCACGCAAGUCCCUCGAGAAGAAGCUCCUCAGAAAGCUUGACUUGCGACUGUCUGUGCUCAUUGUGAUUUACAUUCUCAACUAUAUCGAUAGGAACAAUGUGUCCGCCGCGAGGCUACGCGGACUUGAGGCCGAUUUAAAACUGGAAGGCCAGCAGUACGACACGCUUCUGAGCAUUUUGUACGUUGGGUACAUCCUCAUGCAGGUCCCUUCAAACAUGUUACUCGAUUACAUGGGCCGACCCUCCAUCUACCUCCCCUGCUGCGUGAUCCUCUGGGGCUUGAUAUCCUGCCUCACAGGAGCCACUACAACCUUUGUCGGCACGCUGAUGACGCGGUUCUUCCUCGGCUUCGUGGAGGCCGCGUUCUUCCCCGGCGCGCUCUUCCUCCUUUCCAAGUGGUACACCCGCUCCGAGCUCGGCCUGCGCACCGCCGUCCUCUCCUGCGGCCUGCUCAUCAGCAACGCCUUCGGGUCCCUGAUCGCCUCCGGGAUCCUCGACGGCAUGCAGGGCAAGCUCGGCCACGCCGCCUGGAGAUGGCUGUUCUACAUCGAAGGCGCGCUCACGAUCUUCGUCGCCGUCUGUGCGAUCUUUGUCCUCCCCGACUUCCCCUCGACCGCACACCGGUGGCUCAGUCCGCUCGAGGUGCGCCUCGCAGAGAAGCGCGUCCUCGAGGACGUCGGCAUCCCCGACGGGACCGCAGACGGUGCGCGGUCUGAGGGGGGCCAGCUCGCGGGGCUGCGGAUGGCACUCGCGGACUGGAAGGUGUGGUGCCUCUCGCUGGCGCUGGCCAGCAUGGUCAUCUCGCUCUCGUUCAACGCGUUCUUCCCGACGCUGAGCGCGACGUUGGGGUACCCAGAGACGGUCACGCUGCUCCUGUGUGCGCCGCCAUUCGGCUUCGCGACGGUGGCUGCGUUUGUGGUGACGAGGCAUUCUGACAAGACCGGCGAGCGUUUCUGGCACAUUGCUAUCCCCCUUCUGCUCGGGGUCGUGGGGUUCGUCAUCGCAGCGAGCACGAUGAACACCGCCGCGCGCUACAUUUCCCUAUUCCUGAUGGCGCAGUCCUACACGGCGUGGAUCAUCUUCCUCGCGUGGGUGAGCAACUCCAUCCCGCGGCCGAGCGCGAAACGCGCCGUCGCGCUCGCGUUCAUCAACGCGUUCUCGCAGCUCGGGAACGUCGCUGGCUCGUACGUCUGGCCGACUAGCUGGGGCCCGUCCUACCGCUACUCGUACGCGAUCUGCAUUGCGACGAACGGGUUUUGUAUCUUCUUGUGCUAUGUGUUUAAGCGUCAUUUGGACCGCUUGAAUAGACGGUUUGCGGAGGAAGAGGAAGAGGAAGGCCUUCCGAAGGGUUUCCGUUAUUUGACAUGA